AUGAACAAGCUUCAAUACUCUUGUUUUAUACCGAUGUUGAUAUCUACAGCAAUUGAAAAUAUGCCAUCUGAGCUGAAUGAAAGCCUUACAAAUGUUCGACAGCUAGACCUACAAGCUCAAAAUAUUUUAGAUUCGCUAUCAGAAACCAUACAGACGUUUUUCGAAAACUGCAGGUUUGGUAGACUCUUAGAAUAUGAGAAAAGUACUCAGAUUCUUAAUAUUACUCGGGAAUAUGAGCGAGCACUUGUUCAUUGCAAGGAUAAACGGGAAAUAGUGGAAAAUAUAUAUAGCACAUACCGUAAAUUAGUGAGAAAAUUGGAUAUUGAGUUGGAAAAGUUCCGAAUGGAAUUAGAGGCCGAUAAUUCAGGAAUAACAGAACAAAUAGAAAAAAAAUGCACUGGGGAAAGCGAUAACAACAAAUUCGAAGGCAGAACGUUGGUUAUUUCUUAG